AUGGCAUCUGAAUCGAAACGGGUCAUUGUUGUAACCGGUGCCUCGAGAGGCCUUGGUCUUGAAUGGGUCGAACAACUCAGUCAAAAUUCAGAGAAUUUUGUCAUUGCUCUUGUCCGUAAUCCGAAUACUGCUGAGAGGCUGAAGCCCCUUCUUGGACCACAAGUCGUUGCAGUCAAAGGAGAUGUCAGCGACUUUGAUUCGUUUCCGAGAGUUGUUGAAAAUAUUUCCAAAGUUGGGGGUGGAAAGGUCGACUGGCUCAUCAACAAUGCUGGCGUUAUGGCGGGUACCGGAGCAGAACCUAUGACUGGCAUAUCAAAGUCUACAGUUAAGGAGUGGGAAGACCAGUUCAAGAUUAAUGUUCUGGGACUUGUCUUUUUCACCAUCGCACUCAUCCCACUGCUUGAGAAAGGGAGUGAGAAGAAAGUCGUUAACGUCUCUUCUAUGUUGGGCGAUCUCGACUACACCGAAAAGAACCCAAACCUCCAUUUCUCAUCAUACUCGGCAACAAAGGCCGCAGUCACAAUGGCGAACGCUAAAUUUCACCUAGAAUUUAAAGAUAAGGGAUUUGUGUUUUUGGCUUUGAACCCUGGUUGGGUUAAGACAGAGCUUGGUCCGGAGGAAGUGCAACAAUACGCACCACUCACUCCUUAUAAGUCGAUAAGUCGCUGUCUUAGUUUCGUGUAUCGCAGCAACAGUGAUGACAGUGGGAAAUUCUGGUCAUUGGACGGACUAAAAGAGGCCGUGACCGACUAA